UGCUGUCAGUUUGGAUGUUGUUUUUCCAGGCAGUCCAGAGAACUUCUCGCCAAAGCCGGUUCAAGUUUAACAUUGUACGAAAUUUGUGUAAAAUCCUAAAGAAUCUUGGUGCAAUUUAGUGGAAAUCAGUUACAAAGUGAGCUCGCGCGGUUAUCGGAAGUGAUCAAAAUCCUCUCCACACCAUGCCAACGAUCAUUGCAGUGGAUGUUUCACUGUCGAUGACGCGGCCAGUUCCGGUGGCGGCUUCCGGAGCUGGGCCCAGUGCCGAGGAUGGGCUGACCUAUCACCACAUGGCCGUACAGGGAGUCAAUACCAUUUUGGAUUAUCUGGCAAAACAUUCGCGGUUGGAAUUUGUAUCACUGAUCGUUUACUCCUCGCUGUACGAAGUGAUCGUGGAUUUCACCCGGGAUUACGAAUCCAUCCGGCAGGCGCUGCACAAGAUCGAACACUAUGACAAAACCAGCCUCGAAAAUGUGCUAGUGGCCGUUAACAACAUGUUCAAAACACACUGGGGAAGCCAGAACUACUGCCAGAUAAUCUUCAUUACCGAUUGCGGUGUCGGACUGGGUCCUACUUCGCUCAAGAACACAAUCAUCAAUCUGCAGAACUAUAAAGCCCAACUCAGUAGCAACAGCAGUGGGGGCACCGGUGCCGGUCCGGUGAAAGUUCCACUGUCCGAGAACCAGUGGAUUGGAUUUUCCUACCCGAGUAAGCUGACCUUCAUGUGUCUAGGUAAUCUGGCUGAUACGGCGUUCAAGUUCGGUUCAAAACUGUACCAGCAACUGUUGGACGUAAGUGGCCAAAACGGACAAGUAUUCAUUCCCAAGUUGAAGAAUCUCUCGAUCGAGGAUCCCAUCGGAGACGACAACGAUGAGUUCAGUAAGCAACUGAACCGCAAGUGCGUGCAGGAACUGUUCGAGAAUAUGUGCGAACAGAACUACAAACAGUUCGAGGCGACCCUUCGGUGUGGCGGGUAUUUCCGGUUGGAUGGGGCAAUCACUAUUUGGCCGGCUCCUUUGCCCUACACCUCCAAGGACCUCUUCGGAGCUGAAACGACAAAAAUCAUCUCCCGGAAGUUGGAGCUAUGCGGAUUCAUCAGUCUGUCGGACAUUGGAUCGCCCAUGUCCGUCAGUCGGCACCUGAUUCUUCCGCGCAGCGAUGGCGACAAACGCCUUUCGACUAAAGACGGUAACCUCAAUACGGAGGAAAAGCUGGAAAACGACAUCAAAGGUUUCUACGCCAAACCGGAUGGCAGCGGCGGAGGGGGCGACAACGACGAGGAUGGAUCCACCGGAGCGGAUUCAACUCGGGAAUCGGUAUGCGUUCUGCUGCAUGGCGCUUUGAAAGUAGAGAAUAUGGCCGCUCUGGUUCUGUUAAACGACAACUGGUAUGGGUUCAUCUAUUCCUACGCGGACAACAAGAAGAAAUCCAACCUGAUGUUGAACGUACUUCCACCGGGGAACGACGUGGUUCCAUGGCUGGGCGAUUUCCGCAAUCUGGGCAACUUGGACGAUGCUUUCGCCGGCGAGAAUCCCAGUUUCCCGAUCAAGGCGGAAAAGAGAAGCUACUCGCAGAACAUCGUGGUCUGGAUACGACAAGCUGGACUACAGUCGGACAUACAGAAAGUUCUACGACAUGCGAAGAAACUUCCGGAGAAGACGCAGCAUUUCUACAAAGAGUUGAAUCGCAUCCGGCGGGCGGCCCUGUCGCUUGGUUUUGUGGAAUUACUCGAAGGUUUGGCACACAUAUUUGAAAGGGAGGCUGCCGCACUGGGCGGAAGUGCCAGUCCGGAUAGUGGAAUACAGUUAAAACAUGCAGCAAAUGAAUUGAGGAAACCUUGCAACAGAGAUUUGAAAGCGGUCAUUCAGGCCAUGCCGACCAAGUAUAACCAGAUAGCUUGAGAAUUGCAUGGGAAAUAAACAUGGUUGCGUAAAAGGUAUGUUUUA